AACUUCGUUGUUUGUAAGUGUGUUAGUCGAGAGAGAAAUGAAAUACUUAUUCACACACAUUUAACAAUAGCUUCGAAAAUCGUCGCGUUCUCUUCUCGCAUAGAUCCGUUGCGUUGAUCCGUUCUAAAUUAAAUGCCGCUCGUUAAAAAACAAAGUUAGGCGUUAUAAAUAUCGUUUAACGCAAUACCACACGCAAGCGCACAGGUGAAUAGAUAAUUUAUUGGUUGUUCGAUCGGAGCGUCGUGUGUGGAAUCCGGAUGCUCUUUGCGUUAUUGAUGAAAUUAAGUGUCAGACCUUGCGGAGUUCUAAGCAAAGCGCGAUAUGAUCGAUAAGAGUGGGACGACUCGAGGCCUUGUUACGUUAAGAGAUGCCGUUGUUUAACUAUCUACAUUCGCUUGAUGACGACAGAUCAUCUCGCAUCUCGUUGAGGCAAAUAUCAGAAGACGUUCAGACUGAUCGACAAAUCCAAGAGGACGAAUACGAUCCCUUUGCCGAUCGUCCGUCCGCGCCUCUGAUCUCAGAUUUUACCGCGUUCUCACAUCUGAUAAAAUGCGCGAUUGGUACUGGUAUACUCUUUCUUCCGUACGCUUUUCGAAGAACCGGCUACGUGAUAUCCAUCGUUUGCGGCAUCCUCGUCACUUUGCUGUGCACUCAUACGGCUAUCCUUAUUGUGCAGUGCUCGCAGGCGUUAUGCAGACGCAAUCGCGUACCCAUGCUAGAUUUCGCCGAAACGGCGCAAUUCUCCUUCCAGUCCGGCCCGGAGAGGAUUCGAAAGUACGCCAAGCUGUUCGGCGUGGUUACCAACAUCAUCAUUUGCUUCGUGCAAUUUCAAGCCGUCGUGAUAUACAUCCUGUACGUGGCCACGUCGUUUCAGCAGGUAAUCGAAUUUUUCUCCGGCGUCAAAAUGGAUUCGCGAGUAUACAUCGUCAUCUUUUUCCCCGUCAUCUGUGUAAUGGGACUGGUGCCGAAUCUCAAGUACUUGGCGCCGUUCUCCGUCGUUGGUACCACCUUCUUGUUUCUCGGGGUCUGCACCGCGUUCUACUACUUCUUCCAAAACUUGCCCGAUCCUCGCAGAUUGGACGCCUUGACGGAGGUUUUGCCCGUACCUGUGUACUGCGCUAUCUUCAUGUUCUCCCUGCAUAAUACGACUCUAUAUUUGCCGUUGGAGAACACGAUGAAAUAUCCAAACCACAUGCCGCGUCUGAUCGUCGGCAGUCUGUUGCUGAGCGCCGUCAUUUAUUUGACAUUCGGCUUCUUCGGUUACAACAAGUAUCCGAACACCUGCGACACCGUGAUCAAAAACCUUCCGUUGGAAGAAACUCUAGCCCAAAUAGUCAAAGUAGCCAUUUCGUCGUCGGUUCUGUUCUCAAUUGGAUUGGCUUACUACGUUCCGAUCAGCAUUAUAUGGCCGAUGAUUUACGCGAAAAUUGCCGAGAAAAGUUUGCUGUAUCAUCAUCUUUAUGAAAUCUCGUUGCGAUUAGGCGGCGUAAUUGGAACCACGCUGCUGGCCGUCGCGGUGCCCCAAAUGGCGCCUUUGCUGGGUCUGUUCUCCGCCUUGAGCAUGUCCACGAUCAUGCUGCUGAUACCCAUACUAAUCGAGACGUCGACCAAGUGGGCGGAAAUCACGAAAACGAUGCUCGCGAAGAAUAUCGCUAUUUUUAUCGUGUGGCUGCUGAUCUUGAUUUUCGGAGCGAUAGAGAGCACAUGGACAAUUGUUCGAGAAUACGGAGAAGUGAAACAAGAAGAAUGCUGAGAUGAAUAAAAAAUUGAGAGAUAAGAAGAAGAAGCUUUUUUAAACUUAUGAAAAAUAAAAUACUUCCGGGGAAACUACCGUUUAAUAUAUAAAAGUACAAAUGUGCCAGACGGUUUACAUUUGAGAAGUCACAUUUAGAUUAUUAAAGAUUUAUUUAAGAAACCGUGACAUUAGGUUUUGUGAAAGAUGCAGCGCAAAAAAAGUAGAUAAGAUACACCGGAGGAGACCUUUGAUCGUUUCUUGAUUGCGCGUUAUCUGUGAUUUUUUAGAAAGAAUAUUAUUUCAAUCAUAUGUGCAUUGAUUGUUUUUGUUUUUUUUUUUUCAACACUUGAAUGUAGUUUCUCUCUUUUUUUAAACACGACGGAGUACAUCAACAUGGUUGACGCAAUCUAUAUCGAGAGCCCUUAAUUGCGAUAAAGAUUGGAAUGUGAAUGACGCUUGCGACAUUUCACCGAUAUAUAUCUUUGAUUUCCCCGAACGGGGUGUUUAUAUAACACGACGAGAGUUAUAUAUAUAUAUAUAUAUUUCGCGCGACGUCGAAACAAGAGAGCGACAGAGAGAGCUCACAAUGAGAAACUGCAGAGCGCGGUGUAACAAACAACGAUGCGAGAGAAGGUGCAGAGUAGGAGAGAGGGACCUUCUCGGAGAGAAAGAAUCAAAAGAGAGACGGCGAGAGAGCGCACCCUGAGAACGGAAGGAGACGCGGAUAUGGUGAAAGGGAGCGCGCUAAGGCGCAGAGAGCGCGAAUCGAAUCUGAUCGCAGUCGAAUAGCCGUCGUCCCUAUGUGUAACGAAACUCGAGUAUUACGAGCAACCUAUUCUUUCUCUCGGCUUAGUAGUAUAUUUCUUAAUAAUUGGAAAUAUACCGACGGGUUUAAAUAAGACGCCUGUCGUUUUAUUUUUUUUGACGACUUAUAAAGUGUGUUAUUAAAUUAAGUUCAGGCUCGCACACACGAGCCUCCGGUGUCUGGAAGAUAAACGCGCACAAUGGGAUAGAAAGAAUGCGGGAACUGUGCCGCAGGAAUUGGGUGAAGGAAAAAAAUGCAGAGAGUAGUACACACAAUUGUGUUCGCCCGAUAACCAUAACGCGUUUUUUUUUCGAUGAUAUGUAUAUAUAAUCUCGGUCAAUUCGUAUCUUCGCGUUAUCAAUUCGCGGAACAAUUUGUUCAUUCUUGACGAAGUUGCAAAAUGUACAUUAAAUCCAAGUAUUUUUUUUUUUUUUGUAAAUUUCAGAUUCUUUUCUUGUAGAUUUUACAUUCUCGUUGAAUUGCGAUAUUUUAUCUCAACAUUUUUGCAAUUUGAUAUCAAGAUUCCAAUAAAACAAGUUUUCGAAUCAUCGAAUUGUUCUUCUCUUUACUCUGCGAGAAACUUUUAUUUAUAAUUUAUUUACUUGACCGAAGCUUCGUCCCAAAAAUAUUUUUCGAGCUCCUGUUGUCAAUAUACAAACACGUGAUCUUUUGACAGAAGUGAAUUUAAAUAUUUCAACUUACUCAUUGUAUAUUUAUCGCGCGUACUCCAAAUUGAGCGUCCAAUUGAACGUAUUACGCACAUCUACUAUCUAACUCUACCUCCCUCCCCGGGUUUGACCGUAUAAGCGAGGAAGUAUAGUCACUGACGUGCAAUGACUGUUCGUAUAUAUACCUGGCCAACGCUAAAGGUAUUUGCCCAGUCGUGUGCGGUCUGUCACCGUUUCACGUUAUAAAUCCGUUACUUUGUUUUUUUUUUUUUUACUUGUGAUCCUGAAGAACAGUGAGACUUUUUUGAUAUAUGUAUAUUUCGACAAAAUCAACGGAUGCAACACCACUCACCGCGUCGAAAGAGAAAAAAACGACAAUUAAAAAUCCACAUUUUGGUUUCUUAACGAGAGAAGUUCAUCAAUUUUCCGGACGAUUGUGUGAGAGUUAAUCGAUGUGCGAAAUAAAAUUUGUCUUGCUGUCAAAAUAUCGACCGUAAUUUUUCAGUGUGGAAUUGAAAAAGUUUACGUGCGAACGCACACUGAUGAAUUAUCAGACAACAAUACUGUUGAAAAAUCGGAAAAUUUUUCUCACGGAGUUACAAUCGUCUUUCAUCUUCUUGCGGAGCGCAAGUUCGAAUUAUCUUUGAUUCAACGAGAAAGAUCAACGCAAAGCGGAUAACAACAACAAUCGACGAGCUGACAUCGUCCUCAAAGGACGAUUUACUUGGGAUCGUUGUUUCUUAGUGCAAUUGUGAAUUGUGUGACUUAUCGAAUUUUUGCCGAGAUCUCGUAAAUUAUGUGCCCGCCGAAUGUUUGAAAAUUAAGCCGAUAAAUCGUUAUCUGGUUUGUUAUAUAACAAUUGUAGUAUUUAAAAACGAAAACGCGAAAGAAGACGAAAUCUUGGAUCGGGAUUUACGAUUUUAUUCCAAAAUAUAUGUAUUUUUGCUUUCUACGAGAAGAAAAACAAAAAACAAAAAAUAAAAAAGAGGCAGAGAAGGCGGACAAAGAGAAUAAAAGAUUUCGGAUAAAAAGAAGAUUAGGCGGGAAGUCGAACAAGAAUAUCUCGACAUUUGCAUUCGUUUAGAGAACGAUAUAAACGUGGAUUUAACGUCGUCAACAAGAGGAAAACUACAUUCUACAUAAAUCAAGAGCGCGCAUUUUUUUUUUGCAUUUGCGUCUCGUUGUAAAUUA